AUAGCGACGAACAGUGGUCACGAUCGCAAGAAGUCUGCGCUAUUUCUCAACUCCAUAAUAGCAGUAUUUGCAUUCAUGCAACGUCCAUUCAAUACUCUUGCUUUUUCAUCUAGGUCACCCGGAUAUCACGUUCAUUGAACCACUGGCAUCGACAUAAGGCUGGAAAGGCAAGGACAGAUGGAACUAGCCAGGCUUCCUCCCGAGCUCAUCGACAUCGUUCAACACAUCGCUCCCGAUGUCGCGACUUUGAAAAGCUGCUCUCUUACCUGCAAAGAGUGGUUCGCAAUUUGCAGGCUAUAUAUCUUUCGUAGAGUCACUCUGAACGACCAAAAAACAUUCUGCAGCCUCGAAACACUCAUCGAAGCGACGCCUGCGAUAGGCCCACUCAUCAGGCACAUCAAUAUUGAAUAUUCCCCCGCCAGAGGGCCUUUCGAAGAAGUGCUUAACACCCAGAUACCAGGGAUCGAGCCUAUAUUCGAUGCGCUCCACAUGCACUUGACGACGUUGUGCACCGUCCGACUUUGUUCAAACGAUAUAACUCUAAUGGUCGAUAAGAAAGAAUGGGAUGCUUCGCUAUUCUCUCUCGCGGCGAACCUUCACACCGUGCACACGUUGAUAAUUGAUGACUUCCAUAUGGAUGUCAUCAUGUUCCAAGAAAUUAUGUGUGCUUUUCCGAAUAUUCGCAACGUCAAAUUGUGGGACUGUUCACAUGACACAGAGCGGUUGAAGCGCAGACAACCCGUUGUCCCCUGUAAACCACGGUUCACCUCCCUGGAGGUCAGAUUUACCUACAGUCCGUACGAUGAAGUACGUCGAGACCUACGCGACUUUCUCCCAUUUAUUCUCUCGGCGGAACCUACCCGGAUCCUCCGGUCGCUUGCGCUCAAGGUGUGGCCAGAAGACGUCGCAGAUGUCGUUGAGUUCCUGGACGCGCUCGGCGCUCGAUUGGAAGAGCUCCGGUUGGAGGUGAUGUUGCAAGGUCACACUGGUAAUGCUAUGAGCCUUCGUGCAAACACCAACCUCCGCUCUCUUAUCCUUGUCUGCCCCGAAUCCCCCGAGACGUACAACGACUUGACUGCAACAAUCAGUUCACUUCAUAUUCGUAGAUUGGAGUAUCAUGUGUACGCUACCACUGAUUUUAUGUCGCUCGCCACUACCUUGGAUGGUGUGGUUUUCACAGACUUGGAGGAACUCUGUUUUGUCUGCUUGAAGCCUACAAGGCGUUUCAAACCGGAUGUGCAUCAGAGGGUCAUUGAAAAUGUUGACCGACACUUAUCCGCUUUCCACAAACACCGUGGGCGCGACAUUCUCCGGUUCGUGGAUGCGGAGUGGGAUGGAAUUCAUUAUAGCCAGGACGGGAGUCUUCGCGAAGACUCUGAGGACGAUGAAAAUGACUAUUUCGAUGGGGAUUUCGAGUUCUAUCACUCCUACGACAGUAAUUCAGAUCGCUCCUAGUACCAUCUUGAGCCCGACGGAGGCUGGUACGACAGUGAUUUAGGCACGAAUCUCAUGACAUCGGACAUUCAUUGAGCAUCCAUUGUUGAAUCUUUUGAGAGUGGCCCGAAGUAGGCUGUGUUUAAGUUACUGACCAAUCUGCCCAGAUGCAUACACAUGUAGCUUACAUGUUGCCCAUUGCAAUCGAGACAUUGAGGCUCUCCACAAAAAUCCUGCACAUAAGGCAGGUUUAUUGCGAGCGAAGCGAG